GCCAGUCACGGGCAGCACGGCUCACAGCGGUACAGGCGCUCCACCAGGAACCUCUCUCACCAAGGGCGUAGCUCGCUCAACACUCACUCGCAUCUUACCAAUUCUUACAGUGCUUGUAUCGGGGUCAUAAGUGUUAUUCUCUGGUGAUUUCUGUUAAAACAGCGAUUGGAAUUGGCUUGUUUGCUCUUGAAGAAGCCUAAUGACUUCGUGGUGCUGAUUUACAGUGUAACUAAAUAGUAUGCGCUUGACACAGAGGAUUAUUUACGUCUCGCUGUGCGCUACCAGGUGUCAGUGUUGUGUUUAGUGCGUGUUAUGGAUAACAAAAUAAGCUACACUUCAUCCUGUCAACGUUUGGUUCAGUAAUGAUAGACGCACAGUAAGAGGCAACGGAUACUUCCUCUCGCAAAGUGGCCACUCUGCCCUGCAGCCGUCCGUAGCUCGCUCUCAACUACUGCAACAACUCCUGCUGUCAACGAAGGAAGGCGAGGCCAAGACAUUCGUCAGGAUCCAGCACAUGGUGCAAACAACGAUGGCGGCGUCGUUCCCGUACAGUCAGAACGGCGAGGCGGGGGCGGGUAAAGAAGGUCCCGGGAAAGAUGGUCCGCCCUUCUCACCGCCCGGAGCGCCAGGGGCGCCUCCACCAGGAGCCCCUGGAGCUCCUCCAACGCCUCAGACCACACCCACCGCCGCCGUCCCAGGCGUGCCUGUCACAGUCUCCUCCAGCGGAGCGACGGUAGCGGGAGGCAUGGCGGUGCAGGUUCCUGUGGGUCCACCUGUCGUUGCCAACGGUGUGGAGCAGCAAGUGGUCAAUGCGAAUGAGGCUGAGAAUGGUGAUGCUGCAGCAAAUGGACAACCUGGUACUCCGGCACCCACCAAGGAACAGCCAAAGCGCCUACAUGUAUCAAAUAUUCCCUUCAGAUUUAGAGACCCAGAUCUCAGAAAUAUGUUUGGUAAAUUCGGCACAAUACUUGAUGUGGAAAUCAUCUUCAAUGAGCGAGGAUCAAAGGGUUUUGGUUUUGUGACCUUUGCGUCUGCAGCUGAUGCCGAUCGUGCCAGAGAAUCUCUAAAUGGCACUGUCGUAGAAGGUCGCAAGAUUGAGGUGAACAAUGCUACUGCCCGUGUUCAAACCAAGAAGCCUGCCGCAGCCGUUCCUAAUGUUAUACUCGCUAGAAAUGGAAUGGUGCCAACUGCCGUGGCGGCGGCCCUCCGAGGUGUUGCGAUCCAGCGUGGCAGGGCUCGGACGUAUCCGGCCACUGCCCUUGCACGUCAUCCCACCCCACUAACAGCUGCCGCCACAGCUCUGCAUGGCUACACACCCGGUGUAUAUUAUGACCCCUUCCUAGCAGCGCAAGCAGCACAAGCAGCAACUCCUCUUCAGGUGAACCCGGUUGGGCCACAUGCUGUUGCAGAAGGCGGCACAGCUCAGACCCAUACACCAUACUACACGUGUCAAACUGGCACACCUGGUUGGGUCACUAGCUGCCAAGGAAGGCAGCACAGCUCAGACCCAUACACCAUGCUACACGUUCCAAACUGGCACCCCAUGUUGGGUCACAUGCUGCCGCAGAUGGCGUCACAGCUCAGACCCAUGCAUCAUACUUCACGUCUCAAACUGACACCCAAGCAAGCAGCUGCAGCCGCAGCAGCAGCGGUGGGCCAGCCUGCUGCUGCCGUUGGUGCGGUCAACCCUGCCGCCGUGGGGGCCUCGGCUGCUCAGCUCCUUAAAACACCAACACUUUCUGUCUCAACGGCCCAACAGGCAGGAUAUGCAGCUGCAGCAAAUGCCUACACAGCUGCUGCGGCACGGGCUUAUGGAGUGGCUGCAGCAGCCGCCCAGCCAGCAGCAGUUGCCGCGUAUCCCACCAUCGCCGCCGGAUCGAUCUAUUACAGUGACAGGCCCUACCCUGACCCCUACAUCGCGGCCGCUUCAGGUAUUGGACCAGUGGCUGGCUACGGGGCGGUCUACAGAGGCAGCUACAAUCGAUUUGCACCGUACUGAGGACCUCAUGUGUGCAUUCAUUAAAUAACAUGACAAUGCCGUUAUCAAUUGCUCAUUAGAGACUAUGUUGGUCUGUGUGACUGUAUGGUUAUAUAACAAAGAACUCUGCUCCCAGCCCUUGACCAUCUAUUGUAAUGUCCCAUGGAGUGUCACCACACCACUUAGUUGACAAGUCGUUUUGUCAUUACAACACUCGAGAAAGUUUCUGUUGUGACAGCUCACUUCCACUUGUUCCUUAGGGCUCAUCUAGAUGAUGACAACUCUCAAAAGAAGCAUAGUUAAGUUAAUAUUUCCCAUGCCCAAGACUUAUCAGCAGUUACCUAAUUAAUAACUGGUGGCAACAUGUUGGUAGGACGAGUGUGUAAAGUGUGCCAGACUGGACCUAAGAGUGCUUUAAAGGUGGCUGCAUUGGUGUGGCAUCCAGUUUGUACAAGAGGUGGCUGGGGCUGGAAGGUGGUGUGAUGCCACCCACACCAACCUGACCAACACAUGGACUCUGUGCUGUUGUUACCAUUUUCCCUCUACCAUUUUGUAUGAAGGGUCUUGUAGUGAAUUUCUGGACAAUUUGGAAACUUCAGUUUAAACCCAUGUAGGCAAUUUCUGAGUCAGUGGAGUAUUUGUUAUGUUGAGAGUAGGCAUGGCCCAUUUCAUAGACAAAUUAUGAAAUGAAAUAGUGCAUUUUUAAUGUAUUCAACGAAACAUUUGACAAGUGUGACUCGUAUAACCUAUACUUGUACAGUGUAUGUUUACACUCUUAAGAUAUACUUGAUAACCAAUUAUGAAUCUCGACUUCUGAUAGCCCUAUUGAUAUUAGCUAUAGAAUCUCAUUUUCUUUACUACUACUACUACUUUCAUUUUUAAUUUUCAAGACUCAAAAGUGCACCGCUUGCACUUAAUGUUUCUGAGCGUAAAGUUAUUUUAUACAUGGUGCAAUGUCAUAACAUCUUGAAUCCCGAAGGCAUUAUAAAUGAAAUGUUUUUGGUGUUACAUGGAUUUUUGUAUGAUGCAGAACCCCACAUAUAAGGUCACAUAUAGGUACCAAGUCACAAAGGGUAUGAUUCUGUCAUGUAAUUUUAUUAUGGUAGGAAUUAUUGCAUCAUCAGUUGUAGCCAAGACAAUCACAUUUUUAUUUAUACUGAUAGCAUGACAUUAAGCAUAUGACUGUCAUGCUUAAAGUUUUGCUUUUUACAGAAACUGUGUGGGUUCUCCAGUAUACCUCGUCUUUUCUUUUUCUUUUUUCUUUUUUUUAGGUCAGUACAUUUUUGUAGGUUAAUUAUCCCUUCCUUGUACAAUAUUUGUAAGUUUGCACUAUACUGUUGGAAAUCAAACUGUUUUUUAGUAAUGGACAGCACAAUCAUUUUCUCCAUAUGCCCAAAGUGAUGUCUUUGUGGAUGUUCGCAAUGUGCAUUUUCCCAGUAGCAAUGUGAUCAGUCAUGUAAUUUGUGAGCUAUUUUCAUUAAUGCUCAUAUUAAUGACAUGUGUAUUCAUUAUGAUAUUAUUGUGUCAUCAGUGUCCGAAGUAUCAGUGACGAGUGUAUUUUCUCAUGUUUUAUAACUGAUUGCUUCUGCUAUGUAUGCAGUGUGGUAUUGUGAGUGUAGGGUGGAGUGGUGUUCGCACAAACCCUCAGGUACAUACUGGCUUGACCAAUACACCCGACUGACUGACCCACCCCCAUGCCACCUGCUAUCUUCUUGCACAAUCCUUUCCCAAAUGUGCAGUUUGUCGAUCAUCCCAUUUGUGUUGCAGUGUCUUGGUUUCUUUCUGCUGUGAACUAUUGUUUUGCUUACCUUGGGUCAACUUGACACUUCAGGACAAGGAAGUUGCAUUUUUGCAUUUUCCCGACUGGCACAAUAUCAAAUAGUCAUCAGGUGCAAUAGGGACUUUAUGAUAUUUCUCCAGGCUUUUCAGUACUUGAUUUUGAGGCAUAUGAAGUUUGAACCUAUCCUAGAUCCUGGAUUGUGACUUGUCCGUAGAGAAGCUGACCACAUGGGGAUUGUCAGAACCAAAGAUAUCAGUAUUUGUCCAGUCUGCAAGUCUCCACUCUGUGCUAUGCUUUUUGCCACUUUCUUAGUUUUAAAUGUGCAUAAUGUUUCUUGUAUUUCUGUUCAUCUGAGAGGUAAAGUGGCAGCAUGGAAUAACUGAAAUAAACCAAAGAUCUAAAACUGUUGUCUUCUGUGCCAGUGCGCAUAUCUGCAAUGCCGCAUUGGGCAUCACAUAUAGCAUCCAAAUCAGCAUCUGUGCCAGAUGCCUAUACAACGCUUUGCUUAAAAGCUUGUAUUUGGCCAGAUGUAUUUGGCCCACAAGUGUGGCAGUAUGUGUGUGUGUGUGUGUGUGUGUGUGUGUACUGUACUUGGCACAGGUACACAUACCCAGCCUGUAGACAACAUAGUGCAGCAGUGUUAAAUUUUGUGCAGCUAUUGUGGUCUUAAUACUCUUGGAGUUGAAAAUGGCAGCAUUUGGAAUUGAAGCAGCUACAACCCUCUCAGAGUAAGAGUAUUUGAAGUAAUUAAGGUAUUUACCCUACUCAAGAAAUGCUUGAUAGGUUACUAAAAUUCACAGUGCAGGAAAGAAACCAGACAAUAGAGAUGUCAAGUCUUCCUUUUAGCACAAUGGAUAAUUUGUGUCGUGUUGUGAAUCAGAGCACAAGAGAGAUUAAAUUAUUGAUUCCUUCAUUCAAGCACAAUGGUGAAUAAAUGUGUAUCGUAACGUCCAGUAAGAUGAUAUUUCAUUUGUGUUCAUUUUUCGUAAUCCAUGUAAGAAACCACCAUUUUUUGUAUGAUGUAUUAUUGUGUAAUGAUAUUUAGUAAUGACAGGAAGAGUACUAGUUUUAGACAACUUUUUGCUCCUUUUAAACCUGAUUGUGGUACUGUACAAAUCUGCCCUGUGUUUACUCUGUAUAAUAAAUAAAAUAUAAAUAUUG